AUGUCUGCGCGGCUGGUUUAUCGUCAAUGUGUUGACGAAUGUGCUUCUAUUCAGGCACUUGUCAAUUCUAUUUUGUCCGUAAACGAUGAUCGAACGAGCGUUGUUGAGAAGCGAAAACGUCUUGAUACACUUCAUUCCGAUGCACGAAGGCACUUAUCAACCCUGAAGGCCUAUAUAAAUAAUCUUGAACAAAUUCGCGAUUUUGGUUCAUCUCCUGAAAACCGGAAAAAGUUUAAUGCGAUCGAAAACCAAUACGCUUCAUUUCUUGAUUCUUAUCGAAAAGCCGUUUACACGGCAACAAAGAAUUUGGAAACUUCCGAGAGGAGUGCUCUUCUCUCUGGCUCCAAACCCGUAAUUCGUGACGCGGACAGAUUUAACGAUCUCCGCAGCCAAAUGGAGGCGUCGAUGCAGCUUACCAGUGAGAUGCGCGUGCAGGCGCGGCGGCUAGCUGAAGAGGUUGCGCGUGGCAAUGCAAAUGCCGAGUUAGUCGAUGACUCGUCGAACCAGUUUGAGGCGAACCUCAAGGGCUUGAAGGAGAUGGGAGGGCAGCUCAAAAUCUCGUCCCACCUUGGUGGGCGCCUUUCGCGUCGUCGCGUGAUUGACUGCUUCAUUUUUACACUCGUUUUUGCAUUCUUCUACCUCACUUGUGUGCACAUUAUUCUUAAGAGGCUGUACGUUUAUCGAUUAUUUGGGUAA